GACAACAUUCUGAGCCAUUAUGAAAUCGGCAGAAAGCUUGGUGAGGGAGGAUUUGGAUCUGUCUAUGAAGGGAAACGAUUGGAGGAUGACCUUGAGGUGGCUGUGAAAAUCGCCAGAAAGCCACGGAACAUGAAAUACAUUUCCAUUCCUGGUCAUCCCGCACCCCUUCCAUUAGAGGUCGGCCUGUUGGUCCUUGCUAACAGGGGCCCCAAAGUUCCAGAGAUCAUUGAGCUGCUGGACUGGCAGGACCAACCUGACCAAUACAUCAUGAUCUUGGAGCGUCCCUCACCCUGCCAAGAUCUGUGUGAUUUUUUGAACAGUCACGGCGGCACUCUCAAUGAGGACACAGCACGGUAUAUAAUGACGCAGGCGACAAUGGCCGCUCACAUGUGCUGUUCCCGUGGAGUUUUCCACCGAGACAUUAAGUUGGAGAACCUGCUAAUAAACACAGACACACUUGAGGUCAAGCUGAUCGACUUUGGGUGCGGGGAUUUCCUCCAGGAAUCUAAAUAUGAAAGAUUCUGUGGCACCGAUGAGUACUGCCCACCUGAGUACUUCACAGAGGGCAAGUACCACGGUAAACCAGCUACUGUGUGGUCUCUGGGAGUGCUCUUAUUCUUGCUGGUGUGUGGACGCUUUCCAAAACCCAGAGACAUGCAGUUGAUUGCUGACGACAUCUGGUCUGAGCCUGGCUUGUCAAACGAAUGCUGCCAGCUGAUUCAAUCCCUCCUGCAGAAAAACCCAAGCUGGCGGAUUGAUUUGAAGAAAAUCAUUUUCCAUGAAUGGUUUAUGGUAUUGAGCCUAAGAUCAGCUACAAAUGAUUUUGAAGAUAUAUUCGCUUUUCAUUUUUAAAGAUUUUAAAAAUGUUUUCCUAUUCCCCCCCCUAACAAUUUAUAGUCUUUUUCUCUUUGCCUAUGUAUUUUUGUGCAUGUUUGUUUUUGUAUUGUGAAAAGAAAUGUCUUCUAAUUGUAGGCGUCAGCAUAUCAUUUCGUGGCCUAAUACAAGUGGCAUCCCUCCCUCCAUGCCUUGGCUGGCGACUCUUGGCUUGUGGCAAUAAUAUAAGCAUCUGGCGAUAUUACUUGCCUAGGAACAGUACAAAAAUUCCCCGUCACAGCUGACCUUAGGCAGAGCUGCAUGUCAUGGUCAGAAUUCCUCUCGGCUGCCCCAGAAGUUGUGAAAGCUGCUC